AUGUUUGAAGAAAAGUCCGAGAUUUUAACAGACGACAACGCAGUUAACCGAAGAAAUUUCCCUCAAAAUUUGAAUCAAGACAAUGAAAACGUUGAAGCGCCACGUCUAAAUAUAGACAAUUUACUUGAAAUUUUGGAGACAGAGGAAAGGGGAGAACAGAAUCAAGUGGAAGAAGAAAAUCUUGAAGAAUUUAGACGAGAAAUUGUUGAAGAACCAGCUGUAAAUCAACAGCAUUUUCUCGAAGACGAAAAUGUCGAUGAAAACUGGGAAGAAAUUAUCGACGAAAAUUUUGAAGAAAUUGAUGACGAAAAUUUCGAAGAAAUUGACGACGAAAAUUUUGAAAAAAUUGACGACGAAAAUUUCGACAACGCUAUCAAUGAAAAUUUAAACGAAAAUGUUGACGACAAUUUUGUUGUAGACGAAAAUUUAAACGACAAUAUCAACGAAGAUUUAAACGAAAAUGUUGACGACAAUUUUGGCGACAAUAACAACGAAAAUGUAAACGAAAAUGUUGAUGAAAAUUCCAACGAAAGUUCCGACGAAACUGUUGAAGACAAUUUACAAAGAAAUGCGGGACGGGAAAGAAGACACAGAGAUAUUGGUAACGGAGGUGGUGGAAUGAGACCAGAGGAAUUGAGUCCAAUUGGGACUUUUUGA